AUGGAUCAACUUGGCAUCAUCUGCGAUCGUGUUCCAGUCGUCGGCUUCGAAAGUUUAAGUUUUCGGGCUCCGGGCAGCCUUGCCCAGUUUGGGGAUGUGCGGAAGUCACUUCAAGGAUAUGUACGCGGAUUUCGCCCAGGGACCUACUACCAGCGCAGCAAGCUCAUGGACGCAGUGGUCGCGGCCGAGAUUGUUUUCGAUAAGAAAGUGCCUCAGGCAAAGGAUUUUCGCCAGCAGUGUCGUAUGGCAGCAGCCACCCUCGGUCUUGUGCUCUGCUUGCAACUUUUCCCAUGGGCGGCAGUACAGCAGAUGAUGCUGCACUCGGGCCACUUCGCUGGCUUCAAGGACCUUCGGGAGCAAGAACUCGCACAGGAGGUCUUCACUUCCUUGGAUCUGGCUUUGGCAGAUAACUUGCUGUGGACGCCAGCAAGCAUGGGUUCCUGGCCCUUCUUUGCCCUCCUUGCCAGCCUCUCCGAGGGCUUACAGCCUGCCCAGGAGCUCGGAGCAGUGGGACGAGCCUGGGAGACUUGGUUGGGCACAGGCAAGUGGACUUUCUCGGAGGAGAUAGGACCGGCCGAAGACGCAUUGCGAGGCAGAAACCUCUCCUGUGAUGCAGAGCUUGCAGCAGCUGUUAUCACACUGGAGGCACAUCGAAUGCAGCGGUUGGAGGAAAAACCUGAGGCAGUCGGCGCUGCCGUCCUGAAAGCCGCUCAUGCAGUGGUGAUUCAGUGUCCGGCGGUCCAGUCUCUCAUAGGACCACCUUGGGUGCUGGUUUGGCGAGGUUUAGAUCGCUUGGUCGCUCCUAGGGACAUUCUUGUCACAGUGAAACCUUUCCGAGAUGGCUCCAGGACGCAACUUUCCGACAGCACUCGGAAGAUGAUGGCCAGGGUUACCAGUGCGGAGGUCACCUACCCCAUGAGCCUGCAUCCUCCCCACAUUGUUGGGUCGCAGACAGCCACGGAUGAGUACUGGUUCCUUUCCGACCGAAUUCGCGUGACUGCGGAGCCGCACUGCAACCACGCCUUCAUGGACGUGAUGGAGAUGUUGGAUCUUCAUCGGAUCGUUAAGGGUGGCAGCUGGCCACUUCGCAUCGUCGAUAUCGGGGCUCAUCUGGGGGACUGCUCACUUUGGGCAGCUGCACGUUGGGGCCAGGGCCAAAGUGGCGGCCUCCAAGCUUUGGCGGUGGAAAAAGGCGAGGCGAACGCAGCUGCCAUCCGACGUGGCGCAAAGAUGGCCGGGCUAACAGAAAGCGUGCUGCGGGUACUAUCAUCAGAAGUGGUGUCGGAAGCACCAUGCAUUCCAAGCCUUGAGGGUAGAACGACUAUCGACUGCAUCCUAAGUCAGUGGAACCCGGAUGGCAUUGAACUGAUCAGCGUGUAUCUCGGCUUCGGCCUCGAGCUUUCGGUCUCAGGGGGGGCAUUAGGUGCCCUUAAAGCCGGAAAAGUGCAAGGCCUGCUACUCCGGACCACUGCAACGUCUUUGACCGACAUCUACAGACUCGUGGAGGAGCAGCAGCUGCCCUACAGGGUGGUCACCUUGCGCUCUGAGCACGACACCAUGCUUGCACGGCUGGAUUCCUAUCUGGACCGUGCAUUGCAAAGGUGA